GCGACGGAAGUGUAGUUUGGCCGAAGACACCGAGGUUUUCUCCGGGACCGUUCUUAAAUAAACCGACGUUAUUUAUUAUGGCGACGCUGUUUUUUAAAUGUAGUGCGCUUUGUUACCUACCCAGAUCAUUAAUUGUCCUCGCAGUUCUCGGACUGUCAAUUACAUCAAGCUACAACUUUGAAAACGAGUCUGUUGAACCCGACGUGCCCCUUCAACAUGGUAAUAUCCUGAGCCCUUUGUUAAAGGCUUUGUCAGAGCAGAACCCAUGGGGAGAGUUUACACACCGAACCAAACCUGACUCCAGAUAUGUGCGCUACAUGAGGAGACUGUACAAACAGUCAUCCAAACCCUACAGGAGCCCCGAAGCCUCUCACCUGUACAACACCGCUCGUCUGAUCACUCCUAGGGAAGAGUGUCUCAAGCAAAACAGAGAAUUCUUCAUGCAAGACAUUUCCUACAGUCUGAAUCGAGUGAGGUCACAAGAACACUUGCUAAAAUCCGUCCUGCUGUACUCCUUCGACCACAACCACCUCUCUCCAUUCUCAUUGCUCUGUUAUCUUGACAUGAAGGAACAGAAAUCCUCCAAGGAUCAGAUGUGCUCCAACCAUCUGGGCAUCCAGCACUCGGUCCCCCUGCUCAGCUUCCGCGUCCAUCACCGCUGGGUGGAGGUGGACGUGACCUCCUUCCUUCAUCCUCUCAUUCAGGCCCAUAAGAAGGACAUCCACCUACUGAUCAACCUGACCUGCGUCGAAGAUAUGAUCUCCAGACCUGGAGGCCAGAUUCAUAAGAGUCCUGUUGAGUUAACUCCCAGAUCUCCAUCACUCCUUCUCUAUCUUAACGACACCAGUGAGGUGGCGUACCAGAGAAGAAGCACACAGGGCAGGAUGGUGGAUCUGACAUCAAACCAUUGGGAUGGAAAGUCCACAUUAUGGGAAUCGACUUCUCGAAGGCGACGAGGCACCCUAAAGAGUUCAGAAACCAGCAUGCCUAAACUCGUCCCCAUGUAUGAGUUUACGACCGAUGAUUGUGACCUGUAUGAUUUCAGAGUGAGCUUCAAAGAGCUCAAACUGGACCAUUGGAUCAUUGAGCCUAAAAAAUACAAUCCGAGGUACUGCAAGGGAUCUUGUCCGAGGAAUGUGGGUUUUAUGUACGGGUCGCCAAUGCACACCAUGGUUCAGAACCUCAUUUAUGAAAAGUUGGACUCUUCUGUGCCCAGACCUACAUGCGUACCAUCAGAAUAUAACCCUUUAAGUGUUUUAACCUUUGAGAAUGACAAAUCCUAUGCUUAUAAAGAGUAUGAGGAGAUGAUUGCUACUAAAUGCGCUUGUCGAUAAAAUUAAUUUGGCUGGUUGAAUUUUUUUUUUUUCCCUAUUUUUUGUGAUACUACAUUGCUUUGUAAAACACUGACCUAUUUUUUUUGCACUGGCCAUUCUCAUUAUGAAGAUGAUUAAUGACCACGUGUGUCAGAUAAUUUGCUGAAAUGUUUAUUUGACAUUACCUUUUUAUCUGACUCUGUAAUGCUCCAAAUAUUUGAAUGAAUUUCGCAAUUGAGUUGUUUUGGUGUUUUCAGGUUUUUUUUUUUUUUGUAAUAUAGUUGUAUAUGGGGGUAUUUAAUUGGCUUAAAGGAUAAUUUUCUACUUUGAUGAGAAGUUCUGUUAUUUUAAGUUUUUUUUCUCUUUAGGUUGGUGGUCUUGUCAUGCACUUUCUAUUCCUUAAACAUGAAUUGCAAAAUUUUAAUACUUCUGGUUCUGGACAGAAUAUGAAAAGUGUGGUUCUAUUGUCUUAUCAGAACACUUUUACAUUGUUUUUUAAAACCUGGGAAUUGCAGACGGUUGUCUCAUGGGCAACCUCUCUCUUCUUGAUGUCCAGAAAAUAAGUUGCCCUAAUUGUGGGCAACUUGAUAUGUGUGUAUUAACUGCUUUAAAGAAAGUAAUGGAUGAGAAUGUGUGUCACGUGCCUAUUUAUGUAAUUUAUGUCUUUGUAAUUUGGUCAGACUGGCUUUGGUUUCACAAAAAAAAGUGUAGAGGAGAGAAAAAAAAAUCCCAUAUGAAAAUAUAAAAUAAAAACAAAAAAUUCU